AUGGACAGCGGCGCGCUGCCCCGGCCCGCGCCCCCUGCGCCUGGUGUCUCGGGCUGCUGCGCCGCUCGGCGGCGACCGGAGUCUCCAGAGCUGCUGCGCUGCAGCCGGCGGCGGCGGCCAGGCGCGGUGGAGACCGGGAGUGGAGCGGCGGCCGUGGCGCGGCGCAACGAGCGGGAGCGCAACCGAGUGAAGCUGGUGAACUUAGGAUUCCAGGCGCUGCGGCAGCACGUGCCUCAGGGCGGCGCCAGCAAGAAGCUGAGCAAGGUGGAGACGCUGCGCUCGGCGGUGGAGUACAUUCGCGCGCUGCAGCGCCUGCUGGCCGAGCACGAUGCCGUGCGCGCCGCGCUGGCCCGGGGGCUGCUGGCGCCAGCCGCGCGCCACUCACUGCCCCGCGGGCCACCCGGGGCCGCCGCCGCCUCGCCCUCCUGCGCCUUGCCGUCCCCGGGCCGCGAGCACAGCUCGGAGCCCGGGUCCCCGCGCUCCGCCUACUCGUCGGACGACAGCGCCUGUGAGGGCGCGCUGAGCCCCGCGGAGCGCGAGCUUCUCGAUUUCUCCAGCUGGUUAGGGGGCUACUGA